AUGAUUGCUAGCGGAUUUGGGAUUACUAUAAUAAUUCUAUACCUUAAGAAGAUGAUAUAUGAUAUAAUAACUGCAGCCCAGAGCCUACUUAAUGCCCUCCUUGAAGAUGAUAUUAUAGAUAAAGGCUAUAUACUUAGUAUAUCAAUCUAUAUUGAGAACGGCCUCGCAUAUAAUAAAACACUAUUCGGCAAAUAUAAACGAGUAUAUUUCUACCAAGGUGAGCCUGAUUACCAUAGUAUUGUCUCGCUUAAGGUCGAGAGACUACCGAACAUUCGAGACAAGCGAGGUCAGACACUUAUAAUGGUUUCCACACUAGACAAUCUGAGAGACUAUAUACAAGAGAUCGUCAGAGGCCACCUAUAUCAGGAUAUUACGCUUUUAGAACUAGAAUACUAA